AUGUUCAAAGGUGUUUACAACAACGGAGAAGGAAUAUCGCAGAUCCUCAUUUUAGGACCGAGCAAUUCGGUCGUUCCUGGAUGGACAACGAUCGAGACAUCAAUGGAACCGUCGACGUCAUUCCAUUAUGAAGAAGUUGUCAGAGGAACGAUUCAAUUCGGGAUUUGGGAUGUUUCUGGUGCUCUUCAGCGAUUGUGGCCAUUAUUUUAUCGAAUGAUCGCGCUCGAUGGACUCGUUUUUGUCGUUUCAGUGUUUGAUUCUGAUUUUAGAACUCCACGCGAAUGGAUUCGUCGCCUCAUCAACGAAGAUGAGUUGCGUAUGACCCAAAUUGUGAUUGUUAUCAAUAUAUUCGAUCAAUCAACAGAAGAGGUAACGCCAAUGGUCGAUGCACUGACGACAGGAUUGGGACUUGAAGAAUUGAAAUCAUUGACAGACAAUCCAGAUCGUUUUCGUUGGAUCGUUGCUAAUGCGAAAGAAGGUGAAAACGAUUCUGAGUGGAAAUCUGUUAUUUAUCAGUUUGUUCAAUCCAUGCAAAAAAUGCGAUUUGGAGCAGAGAAGUGA